AUGCAAGAGAGAAAGGGAGAGAGAAAGUGGACUAAUCCUGUUCGGGGACACAGAAGGGCGACUCUGCCCCCGUCCUUGGCUUUAUUUGCAUGCGUUUCGCUUCACCUCGUUUGGCGCUGCCAACUGGCACACACACACACACACACGUGUGUGCGAGCUCGAGAGCUGCAGAAAGGGGGUGAAAAGGAGGAAAAGUGGGGGAAGGGAGGGAGAGGGCACAAGAGGAGGAUUUUUUUUGCACACAUCGUGUACACUUUAUUCCUCCCUUCCUCUCACACACACGCACCUCUCAGCAUUCCUAUCCCAUGCACCGAGCAACCAAACGUCCGUAUCAUUCUCGGCCUCUGCCCUAUUUUUAUCAAGUUGCUACAAAAUGAAUUCUACUUCUCCAUUUGCCCUUCUUUAGACCUUAAAGGAGCUGAGAUGUCUCCAUCCUCCUUCGAGAGCUGUCCUGGACGGUGCUUUUCUUCUGUCCCAAACAUUUCCCACCUCUUGAGCUGGAUAAAAGGGAGGAAGUUUUCUCAAACUCUCCUCUGCCACUAUUCGAUGCGAUAUUUACCCGACAGUCCAUAUGGCACAUCCAUAAGGACUGAAGGCGAUGAUGAUAGUUUGGAGUGGACUUCCUUCUUUUCCGUCUUUUUAGGUGGACUUUCACUCUCAGUGCGAGACUACGAUCCCAAUGUGGGAGCAGUGGUGUGUCACUUCAAAAUCAAACACCAUCCACCAAGUGGAGGUAUUUGCAUCACCUCGACUUUAGUCUUUCCAAAUCUUGUGGAUUUGAUCAAUCAUUACACUUCACAUAUUCCACGCUCAUCUCUUGUCCUCCAGGAGCGUCUUGGUGCCGGUCAGUUUGGUGAAGUUUGGCGUGGUGAAUGGAAGGGUGCUACUCCAGUGGCCAUUAAAACUCUCAAAGAAGGCACCAUGACCAAAGAGGACUUCUUGAAGGAGGCACGGAUUAUGAAGACCCUUAGCCAUCCACACAUUGUGCGUCUCUUUGCUGUUGUUACCACUGAGCCCAUCUACAUCGUCACCGAGUUGAUGUCUAAUGGCAGUCUCCUCGCCUUCCUUCGAGCCGAUGAAAAGUGCCUCGUCCAUCGUGAUCUUGCUGCACGCAAUGUUCUCGUUGGUGAUAACAACAUUGUGAAGAUCGCGGAUUUUGGUCUCACUCGUAUGGUCUUUGGAAAGGUGGUAUCGCUCAACUCACUUCUCGGCGCCAAAUUUCCAAUCAAGUGGACAGCUCCAGAGGCGGCGUUUAAAGGUCAGUUCACAAUUAAGUCGGACGUCUGGUCGUUUGGUGUGGUGAUGUACGAAAUCAUAACUCAUGGCCAUGAGCCCUUCCCCUCCAUGAGUACGAUGGAGACGCUUGAUCAAGUGAACAAUGGCUAUCGUAUGCCCUGUCCAGCCACCUGCCCAGCGGCCAUCUAUGAGGUGAUGCUACACACUUGGGACGCUACACCUGAACUACGGCCAUCUUUUGUCCUUUUGUGCGACUUUUUUGAAAACUUUGUUGUGUCGGAUCCUCACCCAGUGGAAUUGGAGACAGCAACAUCCGAUUCACGAACAGCAGGUGCACUCACCUCUGAACCCUGUAAGCGACGACCCGGAUAUCCCUACGUUGGUUCACCCGCCCGCUUUACGCCCGUCUAG